ACUAAGAGGGUCUAUAUCUAAGAGGUUCCCAUGUUGAUGAAACACAUCCCAGUAUGCUGCAUAUGGAUUUGGAUCCGAGUCAAAUAUGCUCCCUUCUUCACAAAACUGGUAUCCGUUUGUGAAAUCGCUGGCCCCAGAAAAGAAUGCUGACACUUGGACUCUUGGCGGCUCUAUGAUUUUCAACGGCAAGAAAGAAAAAGACAUGGUGCAGAAUCUCCCAAAUGCAAGUUGUUUCAAUAUCUAUCUGCAAGUGCAAAGUAUCCUUGGUUUUUUUACAUUAGUAUUUUUUAACGUAAAAAAACAUUUUAGCAUUUUUACUACAGUGUUAGUACAAUUAUUAUCUGAUUCAAUCUGUCACCUUUUUCUAUUUCUUCCGUCGAGCAUAUGAUUCACUUACAUUAUGUACAUUUUAAGCCCACUCAUUAACUAUACAAUUUAAUCAAUUAGUUUUUUUUUAAAUUUCCCAUUCUAUUUCUCUCAAACAUUUCCGUUUCAAGAAUAGAGGAGCCAGAUAUGUACCCGUAAGUCGUAUCAAUCCAUUGAUCUAAUCUUUGUGUCAAAAUCAGAAUUCAUAGCUAUGGUUGGAUGAUUAAUAUGUCAGCUGCAUCAUACAAGAAAUACUUAAGUAUGUUUAGUUUUAAGUUUUUAACCUACUUCCAACUGUACAUGCAUUGCUAGAGUCUAGAGACAUUGUAUAUAUGAGAGUUGGUAGUGUUAAAGCAAGUAAUGCAUUGCACCACAUUAUUAUAUCAUAUCCUCUUUUUUUUGACAUAGUAUUAAAAAAUUGAUCCCCUCCAUCAUCUUUGACAAUUGUCCCAUUUGAUCCUUCUCCGAAUAUUCAUGGUGUGAUCCCCAAGUAUUGUUUACAGAUUAUGCUCACAGUCAUAGAUUAGUUAGUCAAAACUCAAAACAGCUGCAUCUCUGACUAUAUAAUAACACAGAAAUCCAAACAUCUCUUUCACCUUCAUCUCCAUCGUCCUUCAAUCAAACCACUAUCAUAAAACCAGCAAUUGUUCAUGAACUAUUGAGUUGUGUGCUUUGUUGGUGACUGUUUCUCAAAAAGGAGAAGAUGACAGAUCCAUGGUUUGCUGAAGAAGGAAGCAUACUUGUCUCAGAUCCAAAUCAAUAUGCAUCAGACUGGGAUGCCUUUCAACAAUAUGAAAGCCUCUCAGCGAAUUCAAACCCUGUAGAAGGUUCUGUUUCAUCCAUGUCCAUGAACACGGUUACAGAUCCUUCACUAGAAGACACCGAUUUCUCAGAAACCGCCUUGUUCAUCAGUCAAAUCCUCAUGGAAGAAAACGUUGAACAGAGUCCAUUUUAUGAUUCACUCAGCUUGCAACUCACUGAGAAAUCAUUCCAUGAUGCUCUCAUAAACCCAUCUCUGUCCCCCAAUCAACAACACCCCUUUGAUUUUCAAAACAGUGAAACCACCACCAGCAACAGCAACAAUAGCAGUAACAGUUCUCGUGAGUUGAAACCCCCUUCUCCGGAUACCCCUGUUUCUGUUCUUCGUGAUAAUCAUGAUUUUCAAUUCAAUUCCCGUCCUUUGCAUGAUUUGGAUUCUUCUGCUACCAAUUUGUUGGCACAAGAUAUCUUCAAUGAUGCAGAUUCUGUUUCCCAAUUCAAGAGAGGGUUAGAGGAAGCUAGCAAGUUUCUUCCGGUGGAGCCUCGGAUCGUGACCGGUCUAGACUCGAAUGGACAACCGCCAAACAUGCUUAGGUUGAAGAAUCGAAAGCAUCAUGAUCGCGAAGAAGAAAGUGAUUCUAAGGAAGAAGGGAGGAGAAGUAACAAGAGAGGGUUAGAGGAAGCUAGCAAGUUUCUUCCGGUGGAGCCUCGGAUCGUGACCGGUCUAGACUCGAAUGGACAACCGCCAAACAUGCUUAGGUUGAAGAAUCGAAAGCAUCAUGAUCGCGAAGAAGAAAGUGAUUCUAAGGAAGAAGGGAGGAGAAGUAACAAGCAAUCAGCAUUUAGUGUUGUUGAUGAAGAAAACAAUCAAGACCUAUCAGAAAUGUUUGAUAAAGUGUUGCUUAAUCUGGAACAUUUGCCGCUGUGUAAUGAAGUCCAUGGCUCGCAGAAUGGAGAAGUGAAAGCGGAGAAGGAAGGUGAAAAGGAUAAGUCACCUUCAGCUAAUGGAGGAGGGAAGGGUCGUCCUAAGAAACAAGGAAGGAGCAAGGAAACGGUGGAUUUGAGGGCUCUUCUGCUUCUAUGCUCACAAGCUGUUUACUCAAAUGACAACAGGGCUGCGAAUGAAUUUCUAAAGCAGAUUAGGGAUCACUCUUCUUCCUAUGGGGAUGCAUCACAAAGAUUGGCUCAUUACUUUGCCAAUGGCCUUGAGGCGCGCUUGGGCGGUGAUGGAACCGGCGCACAAAUAUUCUAUUCCUCACCAAGCUCCCAGAGGAUCUCUACUGCUAAGUAUCUGAAAGCUUACCAAGCUCAUCUAAGUACAAGCCCAUUCAAAAAGUUUGCAUAUUUCUUUGCAAAUAAAAUGAUUAUGAAAGAAGCUGCAAAAGCAGAAUCUCUUCAUAUCAUUGAUUUUGGUAUCCUAUAUGGUUUCCAGUGGCCAAUUCUUAUUAAGUUCUUAUCAGAAAGAGAUGGUGGACCUCCCAAAUUGAAGAUCACAGGGAUAGAGUUCCCUUUACCCGGAUUUCGGCCCACGGAAAGAAUUGAUGAGACCGGUCAUCGUCUCACCAACUAUUGCAAGCGUUUCAAUGUUCCCUUUGAGUACAAUGCCAUUGCAUCAAAGAACUGGGAAACAAUUGAAGUUAAAGACCUUAGAAUUCAGACUAAUGAGUUUGUUGCUGUGAAUUGUAUGAUGAGGUUCAAGAAUUUGCUGGAUGAGACUAUUGAAGAGAACAACAGUCCUAGAGAUGCUGUUCUGCAAUUAAUUAGGAAGAUCAAUCCGAAUAUUUUUACUCAAUCAAUCUCUAAUGGAUCUUUCAAUGCCCCUUUCUUUGUCACGCGGUUUAGGGAGGCUUUAUUCCAUUUUUCUGCUACUUUUGACAUGUUUGACACUGUCAUAUCUAGGGAUAACCAAUGGAGGAGGUUGAUUGAGAGAGAGAGUGUGGGGCGGGAGGCUAUGAAUGUGAUAGCAUGUGAAGGUUUGGAGAGGGUUGAGAGGCCUGAGACAUAUAAAAGGUGGCAGGUUAGGAAUACAAGGGCUGGUUUCAAGCAGCUACCCCUAAAUGAGGGACUAAUGGACAAAUUUAGGAUCAAGUUAAAGAAAUGGUACCAUAAGGACUUUGUCUUUGAUGAAGACAACAACUGGAUGCUUCAAGGUUGGAAAGGCCGCAUUAUGUAUGCUUCCACUUGUUGGGUACCGGCUUGAUGAACUCAUACUAGGUUCUGGUACUCCUUGUUACUUGAUCAUCAGGUGCUGUGAUGAAUAUUCUUCAAAAGUCUUCCACCAAGUUACUCUAGAAAAUUAUGUCAGAACAACUUCUCUUGUAGAAUUGAGACUUGUGAGUGUAAUGCUAAUUCAGUAAUGAUAAGGAGUGUGUAUUAGUGUAGGAAGGCCCUUAUAGUGUUUGGCAUUUUACUUCUUACCAAUAAAUUGAUCAUAGGUUUUUGCAGGAUACUUGUCUCUUGAGACAUAUUAGCUACUGAGUUGACAAUAUGUUACUAAUUUGAGAUGGAUGAAUUUGUUUAGUUAUUUUUCAAGACUAUCAAUGGAUUGAUUAUUGGCCUUUGAUACAAA